GAAGACAAAAAAUGGGAUUUUUUUUACUCUCGCUUCGUUCCAUUCUCCCAAAUAAAAACCAGCGGCGGCGGAGCAAACCCUCUCAAACGCGACCCCAAAUUCUCCUUUCUGAUUUCGCAGCAGUCGUUCCUUCGACGAGGCUGCUGUGAUUCCUCGUUUGAUGAAUGAUAAAUUGGUGAUACGAAGCAACUAAGGACAACAAGAUUGAUGGUGUGAUGUAAUUGGGUUUAGGAAGGUAGGAAGCAAUAGUUUUGAUGGACCAUCUUGCUAUCCUUGCCAGUGAGUUAGGUGAUGCAUCAGAUUUUGAGGUUGAUGGCAUCAAUAACCUCAAUGAGAAUGAUGUCAGUGACGAGGAGAUUGAUGCCGAGGAGCUGGCCCUGCGAAUAUGGAAAGAUAAGAUCAAGUUCAAGAGGAUCAAGGAGAGGCAGCAGAAGCUUGCUAUGCAGCAGUCAAAACUGGAGAAGUCCAAGGCAAAGAAAAUGUCCGACCAGGCCCUCCGCAAGAAGGUGGCAAGGGCCCAGGAUGGGAUUUUGAAGUACAUGCUCAAAUUGAUGGAAGUGUGCAAUGCACGAGGGUUUGUUUAUGGGAUCAUUCCUGAUAAAGGUAAGCCUGUCAGUGGUGCAUCAGAUAACAUUAGAGCCUGGUGGAAGGAGAAGGUGAAGUUCGAUAAGAAUGGGCCAGCGGCAAUCGCAAAAUACGAGGUUGAGAACUCAAUGCUGAGCAACGCUAAGAGCAGUGGAACCAAGAACCAGCAUAACUUGAUGGAUCUCCAAGAUGCCACUCUGGGUUCAUUGCUGUCGGCAUUGAUGCAACACUGCAGUCCACAGCAGCGCAGGUAUCCAUUGGAUAAGGGUGUUCCGCCCCCAUGGUGGCCAUCCGGGAAUGAGGCAUGGUGGAUUGCUUUGGGCCUUCCAAAGGGAGAAGCGCCGCCAUACAAAAAACCACAUGAUCUAAAGAAGGUUUGGAAAGUUGGAAUUCUGACAGGUGUGAUCAAGCACAUGGCCCCAAACUUUGAUAAGAUCAGAAAUCAUGUAAGGAAAUCAAAGUGUUUGCAGGACAAAAUGACCGCAAAAGAGAGUCUGAUUUGGCUGGGAGUUUUACAACGUGAGGAGAAGUCUAUUUACAGUGUUGGCAGUGGUCUAUCAGAGACUACCCACCAUAACACUUCAGGGGAGAGAAAUGAGGACAUAUAUAGCAGCAGCGAUGAGUAUGAUGUUGACCACUUGGAGGAGCCUCCUCGUUCAACAUCAUCCAAAGAUGACGAGGGAGAUCCUCAGCCUGUUUUGCAAAUAAGAGAGGUGCACACCUCAACUACAGGAAAUAGAAGAAGGCGUCAUGAUAAACACUCCAACCAAGUACUUAGUAAUGAAGAAACUAAUAAAACACGAAAGAGGAAAAGCCCCCCAGUCCAUUCUCCAUUUUCUGAGCAUGAGGCUGAAGUGACACAAAGAAGUGGUAAUCCAUCAGAAAUUUUGAGCAAUACAAUUCGUGAUAUGAACAGAUUUGACCAAAUGGAGGUGGUGGGUAUGGCUAACCAGCUAAGCCUCAACCAUGUCAGUGUGAUUGGAGAUUUACAACAGCAGCAAAAUUCUCAAGGGAAUUUACUAUCGCCUGGUGCUGUGAUUAACAACAAUAACAUUAACCAGACUGCAAAUGCUACUCCGUCAAGCAUUUAUCUGGGAGACCAGCCUUUAGCUUGUGAAGGCAGUGAUAUGGCCAACUCAUGGUCUGGGAACUCCUUUCAACAUGGUAUUGCUGUUGGACUUGGACCUGUUGGUUUUAACACUUCACCAAUUGUCCAUCAGACUUCGUCAAUGCAGCAAUCACUACCAUUGCAUAUGGAUCAUCAUGUGCCUAUCAUGGGAACAGGAGUGUUGGCUGAGAGCACUUCUUACAGUCAUCAUAUGGCAGGCAGUGUGAAUUCCAGUGCUGUUGCUGGUGAGAUGCAUCAGUUCAUGGAUGAUACUUUCUACAGCGAGCCCGAUGAUAAGUUUGCAGGACGUCCUUUUGACGGACUUCCUUUAGACUUUGUUCCUCUUAGUAGUCCAAUGCCUGACUUAGACGAUUUGCUGGACGAUGAUGAUUUGAUGCAGUACUUGGGAACAUGACAAGAGAUGAGUGAAAAAAAGCAUGUGGAAACUCUCUAUUCAUGGCUUGUUCUUUCUUCGUCUUUCCAGACCAUCUUGGCGGCUACUCAGGUUUGCAGUGUUCAAUACCUAAUCACUGGGGAUCGAUGGUGUAUGUGCAGCCUGUAAAGAGAAAUUUUCAUGACAUGCUGCAGCUACUGAACGAUCCGGUGCCGUGCCUAUUGGCUAUUGCUUAAUUUGUAAUAAUGUAAUUUAGGGUGCUCUCCUAACUGUACUGGAUGCCAAAUGCCAUAUUGCCAUGAGCUAGCAGCCUAGCCUGUAGGGUACUUAUUAGGAAUAUUUGUCGCCAUGCGCUGGCGAAGAAUUUCCGCAUCCGAUAAAGGAUUUUAGCAUUGUACACAUGCAUUUUUUUUUUCCGUUUUAACCUGGGCUUGUAUCUGCCUUUGCAUUUUC